GUGAGCUAUAAUAUAUUAGUAUCCAAUAAUUCUCCCUCGAUCACCAAAUGCGAGAUGAAUAAUUCUACACAUUUUGAACAUCCGAGUGAUCUGGUUUCAUUUCCAAACAGCACCUAUCGUGGAUCCAAGAACGCUUGCAAAAAGAAGCCAUGCCCGAGAAAUGCGAUCUGCCAGGCCGGUUUUUCCAGUGAGGGGUAUAGAUGUGUCUGCGUACCGGGUUACACAGGUGAAGAUUGCACAGAAGACGUUGAUGAGUGUAAUCUAGGAGAAAACAAAUGUGAUUCAAAUGCUGAAUGUAUAAAUACCCGUGGAUCAUACGACUGCAAAUGUAAAGAAGGAUUCAUAGGAGAUGGCCUGACGUGCACAGCUAACGGUUGUUAUAACUACUCAACUCUGAGGGACGCUAAGAGAAAGAGUACUUACGAAACACCCAGAUAUAGUGAAGGUGUGUGUGACAACUGGCUAUCUGAGGGAUGGUAUCGUUUUGAGGGAGCCGCAGGGACAAAAAUGCCAACAACGUCAGUGGAUGAUUAUCACUGUAAUACAGUCUUCUCAGGUUGGUUGAAUGGUGCUGAACCUACAGUGGGAGAUGGUGAAGUGUUUAGGACGGUCUGUUUCACCAGAGGUGCUGACACUUGCAAGCAUUCAAUUACAAUCGUAAUGAAAAACUGUGGAUCCUACUUUAUCUACAAACUAGUUCCACUUCCGGCUUGUAAUUAUCGCUACUGUGGCACAGACUAGGCAAGAAGCAGGUAAAUGGGAAAAA